AACGUAGAUCGUUUCUUUCUUUGCACUAAUGCUCACAUCUUGUGAUAAUAACCUACAAAUCACUCCAAUCUUAAGGCUCUCCCGGUACUGCCCUUCAUUCCAACACGCAACUUCUUCUUCACCGUAACAUUAAAAGCACCAACUCAGACCAACAGCCCUGCUUAGCAAAACCGUUGUUCACAAAUUAUGCGAUCCUAAGCACAACGAGUUCUUGCACUUGAACCGCUCCAAUUUUGGUCCCCUCACAACGCAAGAAGGAACCCGCACAAUGAUCGUACACCACUACCUUGCCAUGUCCAAAGCAUGAAUACGCAUCCGUUCAUUUCUCCUUAAACAUACACCAACACAGCAGUAUUCCCCUAAAUUGAAUGCCCUGUUAGGAUGCACUCAUCGUGGUGCCACGCUGCCAAGGUUUUGUACCCGCCGUGGUAGAACAAAAAUAUUUGUGCCUUAUAAGGGGCAGCUUUUUACCACCCAUGAGCGAAAGAACACGUGGAGGAAAACUUAAAAUGGUAUUCGAACCAAAGGUGCGUAAAAACGAGGAUGAACCGCUGUUGGAACAGCACGAGGAUGAAGGGGUGGACAAAGAACGUUUAUUGGCAGCUAUCCCACAUGUUACGACACAGCGGGCGAAGCAAGCAGAAAAGCACAGCCGUAAGGAUGUGAGCCGUAGCGUUGGCAUGAACUGCGGUACAAACGUAGGUACGAACAUGAGCAGGGCACAUGCCGAGCAGUGCAACAGUGAAGUACCUUUUGAUGUCUACACGCACACCUUCCUUGUACACAUCGAUAGAUCGAUGUUUGCGAGUGAUCGGUUUGAAAUGGUGCAGGUUGAGGACGGCGAAAUGCAGGCAUACGUUUUUGAUGAUGAGGUGGUGUGUUUAGGAGAUGUUAAGGGCGUGUUUGUGUGUAAAGAGCGGUGAUUAGCAUGGUUUACCUGCCGUUUGGUGUGUUGCCAGUGGUUUGUACGUUCUUUUCAUCAAAUAAUUAUUUCCAGUGCGGAAUUGACAGCACCGUGCUAUUUACGUUUUAUGACGCGGUAGUGCCCCACUCUCCACAGUAUUUGAACUGUGCAACCGUGCUUAUAUCGUGCUGCGGUCCAUCAACGUCAUAAAACGUGUUUUAGUUCUACUACGGUCCAGCAGGUCUUGGCAUGCAGCGAUAGCUCUCCUUGCUAUCCUCUGCUCCAACCCAAACGUAAGCUGUUCUUUAUCGUGCUGGUGAACGGUUUAAUUCCCUAACCUAGCAUCCUCUAGCGUAGUAAAUCGUUCCUAUUUUCUAACCCUCAUUCUCCGUCAUAGUAUCACAUACCCCCUCAAACCCUUCCAUCAAUGCCCUAUCUAUUCCACAUACCCCCUCAAACCCUUCCA